AUGUAUAUAAUUAAAUAAAGAAAAAGGAUCCUGAUUGCUACAAGAAUGGAUAGAGAAUGCCUUAGGAAGAAAGCAAAGGAGACUAACAGUACUUGCAGACUCUAUAAAUUUAGAGUGGUGGAGAAGAGGGAAGGGCACAGAUCGAUGAUCAGUGACCAAAAAAUUAAUAAACAAAAAGAAGAAAACAAAGCAACCAAAAAAACACCGAGAUAGCAUAUAGGGAAAAGCAAAGCUUAUUUUGAAGCUAAGGAUAAAAAAGGGGUCAGUGUAUCACCCACAAAGGCACAAAGACCUGCCAGAAACUAACCUACCCCCCCCCCCCCCCAAGUGAUAGAGAUUGAGUUAUCCUCUUCCUUCAUACUCGAAAUCUCCUCUCCCUUUUUGCUUUUCUUUCUUUUUACCACUUACCACCACCUCAACCUCAAACCACAUCAUUUACAACCAUAAUUCAGAGACCUCUGCAAACUCCAUCUAUGUAUCAAAGGAAGAUUUAAGAAAGGGAAAUAUCAAGGGAUGUGUGGAAAGAAAGACGAAGAUCAGGGAGAGUGUUCUCAAACUAUCCAUAACAUACAAGGUUACCAGGAACAGUUAUAUAUGCAACAACAACAUCAACAGAUGCAGCAGCAACAGCACAAUAUUGAUUUAUUUGGAGGAACUAGGGGAGGGCUGAUAUUCCCUGAAGUAUCUCCCAUCCUACCAUGGUCUCUCCCCCCGAUUCACAAUUUCAAUCCAGCCCUAUUCACUGGAAACCCAGUUCGAGACGAUGACCCUUUUUUGGUCCCUCCUCCGCCAACCUCGUAUGGGGGUUUAUUCAACAGAAGAGCUCCUUCCCUACAGUUUGCAUAUGAUGGCACCUCAGCUGAUCAUCUAAGGAUCUUAUCUGACACACUAGGACCGGUGGUUCAACCCGGCUCAGCUCCUUUCGGGCUCCAAGCUGAGCUGGGGAAGAUGACCGCUCAAGAAAUCAUGGAUGCUAAGGCUCUCGCGGCUUCUAAAAGUCACAGUGAAGCUGAAAGGAGAAGAAGAGAACGAAUCAACAACCAUCUGGCCAAGCUACGCAGCUUACUCCCAAGCACCACCAAAACGGACAAGGCUUCACUGCUUGCUGAAGUAAUCCAACAUGUUAAGGAGCUGAAACGACAGACCUCUUUGAUAGCAGAAACCAGUCCUGUGCCCACCGAAAUUGAUGAGCUAACCGUGGAUACGUCGGAAGAAGAUGGUAAGUUUGUGAUCAAAGCUUCACUUUGCUGUGAAGAUAGGUCCGACCUUUUGCCUGACCUAAUCAAAACAUUGAAAGCUUUACGCUUGAAGACACUAAAAGCUGAGAUUACAACGCUUGGUGGGCGUGUAAAGAAUGUUCUGUUUAUAACCGGAGAGGAAGACUCCAGUAGUAGCGCUGAGCAGCAGCAACAACAGCUGCAGUAUUGUAUUAGUUCAAUACAAGAAGCAUUGAAAGCGGUGAUGGAGAAGACUUCCGUGGACGAGUCUUCUUCAGGGAAUGUGAAGAGACAAAGAACCAACAUCAGUAUUCUUGAACAUAGGUCUCUUUAGCUUACAAAAGACCUUGAAUACGUACUUUUUUUUUUUUACCGGUAUUCAUGAUGAGGGGUGUUCAUUUUUCUCUUCGUUUCUUUUGUUUUUCUUUUCUGAGAGUGUGUUUUAAUUUGAGUAUUUCUGUCAUUGGACAAAAUAUAUAUAAUGAUGGUGUGGUUGGUUUGUAUACUUAAAAAAAUGGGUUCAAUUAUAGAGAAGAGAUGAAAUGGAGAAAGAGGAGGUAGGGCUGAGGUAUGGUGAUGGUGAUGGCAACGGAUGAGCUGGUUGUUUUGGGGUUUUGGUAUUGGGAUGACCGUGUGAUGGAUGAUGGUGAUAGCAGCACAAGGGAGGAAUAUGGUUUGGAUUUAGUGAAAGGAAGGAAUAGGCAAAAAACAGUGGAGGAUCUUUUUCGUGGGAAGAGAAACCUUAUAUCAAAACCCAACAUAGAAAACGUGAAGGUGAUGGGUGUGAUGAGUGGAACCAGGCAGCUUAGGUUGGAGUUGGGACAAAAAAAAACAAGACUCUUAGGCUCUGGUUGGUCUGGGCUUUUUGUUUUGUUUGUAUUGUAGCUGAAAGAAAGAAUUUACUAUAUGUCACUACUCUUCCCCUCUCCUCAGAUUUUGGUGGAGAAUUUAUGAUCAUAAUAUCAUAAGUCUAGUAUAUUAAGAAUGGUAACCAACGUAAUUCUUUUUUA